AUGCUGCCAACCCCACGCUGUCACCCGCGGGAAAUUUGUCGGCCAGAGCACGAACGGGCUCGCUGCGGUCCACGCAAGUGCACUGGCGUGGCCUCCUCACUCUGCGUCCCUCCGCGCGUGGAGCUGAGAACUUCCUUCUCAACUCACUCGCUGACGCUCGGGAUCACGCAGGUCACCCUGGGCCCCUCCACUCGUCCGGGGGUCGAACCUGCCGCCGCCGUCGGAGAACCUAAUCAGGCGGGAGGGGAGAGACACCCCUUCAUGACGCACCGCGGGACGAGGGGCAGAAGGAGUUCGGGGAAGGUAAGCCCAACUAGCGGUAAGAGGAAAUUGCCGUGCUCUGGUCUGCGGUGUUGGAGCUCCGUGCCGCACGCUGAGGCCACGUCGCGAGAAUGGCGUUGGUGCGUGUUGUGCGUCGCCAGCCCACCCGCCGUCGCAGACUCCGCACCAUUGGGGGACCAAGGCCACCAUUAG